GCGUGAAUUAUUUCGAGCUCAGAAGGGAGCUAGCUAACAGGAGAUAGUGAUGGAAAUGGAAAUGGGGAUGGACUUUCUUUGGCCUCACCACCAUCAACACCCUCCUCCUCCUCUUCCUCCUUCCUCACAAGUACCAGAUGCCUUCUCCUACUACUUCUAUUACCCUCCGUUCGCCGCGGCCGCGGCCGCCACGACGGACAACCCAACGCCUCCGGCAGUUUCAAGGUCAAGGGCGUCAAGAUCGAGGGCGGUGGUGAGGAAAGACAGGCAUAGCAAGAUAUGCACGGCGGGGGGGAUGAGGGACCGGCGGAUGCGGCUGUCCCUGGUCGUGGCCCGCCGCUUCUUCGCCCUCCAGGACAAGCUGGGCUUCGACAAGGCCAGCAAGACGGUGCAGUGGCUCCUCGACAGGUCGACGGCCGGCAUCAACCACCUCGCCGCCUCCAUGUCCUUGUCGGAGGAGGACGGGUCGGUGCUCCUGGACCAGGACAACAACGACCACGCCAUGGCCAUGGCGGCCGAUGCUGAAACAAACAAGCAGCAGGAGCAGAUGCCGAAGGCUAAGAGAAGUCCAGCUCCUGCUGCUCCAAGGAAGAAGAGCAAAAAUGGCGGCGCCCCUGUUCUCCUCCCCGACAAAAAGGCGUCCAGGGCGAGGGCGAGGCAGCGGGCCAGAGAGAGAACCGAGAGGAACCGCCUCCGGUCGGAAGCUCCGGCUCCGGCUCCGGCGCCAGCGGGGCAGCCAGUGGUUCCGGCAGCAGCCUGCAGCAACAACUACUACGAGGAUGGGGAGCAAGAGCCAUGGGAACUGGGAGGAGUUGUCUUUGCCAAACCACGCAUCCAGUACUGAUCAUCCAGUCGAUUAAAGGCCAUCCAAAUCGGUACUUGCAGAGGCUCCUCUAUCUUCGAUUCGUACGUAGUACGUGUGUUUCCAUUAACUGAUUGCUUUUCUAUCUCGAUCUUGCCUCUUUUUUUUUUCUUUCUCUGCAACAACUUCAUCCAUCCAUCAGUGAUGAAUGGAUGGAUUAAUCUAUUUGCUUGCUUUGUAGUACAUCUUGCGCUGUUUAUGGAUUAUAUUUCUGAAUGAUCAUCGAGUGCUUUAAUUUGUUGAUGUGACUUACUAGUUUGUAACCAUGACAAGAAUAUAACUUGCAACCCUUCUCUA